AUGGCAGCUCAAAAUAUUCAAUUCCAAGAAAAGACCAGAAAUAAUCAGAGAAACACCACAACUUCUAUAAAAAGUAUUGAAGUACAAAUGAGGCAAAUAACACAACAAUUAGCCGGUUCACAAGCACCAGGUACACUACCUAGUGGAACUAUGAUAAAUCCAAGAGAACAUAAUAAUGUGAAUGUUGUUAUAACCAGAAUGGAUGAGUUGCUAGAAGUUGAUUUAGAAAUAAGAGAUCAUGAGAAAAAACAAGAAGAGGUUGUUAUAUUACCAGUUGUGGAGGAAGAUAAGCAGAAAGACCUUAAACCAACCAUCAGACUCCCAUAUCCUCAAAGAACAAAGAAGAAGAAGAAGAAGAAUGAGAAAAAUUUCAAGAAAUUCUUGGAGAUAUUCAAGAAACUUGAGAUUAACAUUCCGUUUGUUGAAGCCUUGGAGAAAAUGCCCUUAUACACCAAAUUCAUGAAAGACAUCGUCUCAAAGAAAUGUCCCACCAACAUUGAGCAUGUCCUGUUAGCUGAAACCUGUAGUGCUAUUUUGCAGGGGAUUAAGAUACCAGUGAAGAAGAAGGACAGAGGAUCGGUUACUAUUCCUUGUACUAUUCGAAAUAGAACUUUUAAAAAGGCACUUAUUGAUUUGGGGUUUGGUGAUCACUCAGUUAAGCGACCUUAUGGUGUGGUGGAAGAUGUUAUGGUGAAGAUAGGAAAAUUUCUUUUCUCAGUAGACUUUGUGAUUCUUGAAAUGCCUGAAGAUGAAGAGAUUCCUCUCAUUUUAGGCAGACCAUUUCUAGAGACAGGAAGAUGCAUGAUAGACAUAGAAGAAGGAACGAUGACUCUAAAAGUCUAUGUUGAAGAGUUGAAGAUUGAUGUCCGAAACACUAUAAAAUACAAAUAUGAUAUUGGUACCAGUCAUACUAUAGAGGUAAUAAAUCAAGUGAUUGCUCAGAGCAGUCCUAUGAAGACACCACAGUUACCGUUGGAACGGGUCUUGAGCAUGUCAAUUUUUGAAAAUGAUGAAGAGAAAGAUGAGACAGAAUCUGAAGUGCUAGCCAUGAUGGAAGCACAACCUCAGUGGAUUAGAUUCAAACCACAUCGGUGGGAAGAUUUAUGA